UCCAACAUUCCGGGCAUAUUUGUCAGAUAAUCCAAGCAAAGAGGCAAUAAUGGUCAGCGAACUCACAAAUCCUCGGGGCUGUUUGAGAUUCCCUUUUAUUUCAGGAUUGCUGGAGUGAAUUGGAGAGCGUGUCUCUCCGCCGGGAGAGAACAUGAAGGCAGAUCACUCCUCCAGCACUGAGUCAUCGCGUUGAUUUCAUUCCUGACAUUUUUCCUGAACCUGUCAUCCACCCCGCUACCAAAAUACUUCAUCUCCAAAAAUCCAACUUGGGAAAAGGGGGCAACGGGGAGCGGGAAGGGCGGAGAGCUGGUGACGGACCGAGCUAGCGCUCUGAAGGAACCCAGCGGGUUGUUCAUGCGACAGAGUUUGUUAUCGAAACGUUAUACAAAGGGAGUGUGCAGGCAGAGCAGCAUCCGAGAUUUGUGACUCUGAUCGGGAAAUAUCCCUGACUUCAGUUCGGUGCUGCAUCCAAGCUAAAGCUUGGACACCUGCAAAGAGUCAAAAUAGAGGCAAACGGCUGGGACGAGGGCUCAAGCCCUGACCAUGACUCCGAGACGAUGAGCAACUCGAUUGAAAAGGGCUUGGAUAAUGAUGCAGAGGGAGUGUGGAGUGCUGAUAUCGAGCAAAGUUUCCAGGAGGCCCUGGCUAUCUACCCACCGUGUGGCAGACGGAAAAUUAUCCUGUCAGAUGAAGGGAAGAUGUAUGGACGUAAUGAGUUAAUCGCCAGAUACAUUAAGUUACGUACGGGGAAAACGCGGACUCGGAAGCAGGUGUCGAGUCACAUUCAGGUGCUUGCUCGAAGGAAGUCCCGUGAGAUACACAGCAAGUUAAAGGACCAGUCAGCUAAGGACAAAGCCCUGGCCAGCAUAGCCACCCUGUCGUCUGCACAGAUUGUAUCGACAGCUGCAAUCCAAAACAAGCUGGGCGUGCCCAAUAUGCCUUGCUCCUUCCCGGUGUCAUCGGGGACUCACGAGUUCUUUCAGUUUUGGCCGGGUGCUGUAACUUCAGAGGAAGCAGGCUCCUCUCAAGACAUGAAACCUUUCAUCCAACAGUCGUUUGCUCUUCAGCCAAAUGUAAGCCACAUUCCUCUCUCAGGUUAUGAAGGGGCUUCCAUUGGCCUUUCACCCACCAACUCCCAUUCAGCCUGGCAAGGUCGCUGUAUCGGGACUCCGAAGAUCAGACUUGUCGAAUUCUCGGCAUUCACGGAACAGCAGAGGGAUCCAGAAACUUACAAUAAACACCUCUUUGUCCACAUUGGCCAGUCGAGUCCAUCUUACAGUGAGGCUCUACUUGAAUCAGUCGACAUUCGCCAAAUCUACGAUAAAUUUCCAGAGAAGAAGGGGGGCUUGAAGGAGCUGUUUGAGAAAGGAACUCCAAACACGUUCUUCCUCGUCAAAUUCUGGGCUGACCUUAGUAUUAAUAUCCAGGAUGAAGCAGGCGUGUUCUACGGGGUUAGCAGUCAGUACGAAAGCAUUGAAAACAUGACCAUCACUUGCUCCUCCAAAGUCUGCUCCUUCGGGAAACAAGUUGUAGAAAAGGUUGAAACAGAAUAUGCCCGGUUUGAAAACGGCCGCUUUCUGUAUCGAAUCCAUCGUUCUCCGAUGUGCGAGUAUCUCGUCAACUUUAUCCACAAGCUCAAGCAACUGCCUGAGAAGUACAUGAUGAACAGUGUCUUGGAGAACUUCACCAUUCUGCAGGUAGUAACCAACAGAGACACACAGGAACUGCUCUUGUGUGUUGCAUACGUCUUUGAGGUCUCAACUAGUGAACACGGAGCCCAACAUCAUAUCUACAGACUUGUGAAAGACUAGACAAAAGCUUUGCUCUAACAUACUCACAUCAACAUCCAGGAGGUCGGGUUAGAUCAACUUAUGGUGCUGCCUUUGCAUUCUGAUGUAUCUCCAACCAGACACUCAGACAGGUCUCCUUGAUGGGGCCAGAUUUCUAUACAACACAAAAAGGUCUCGUGGCUGAAUUUGCAAGGACAACAAUUGUUCUUGAAGACUUUCCAAUGUCUUUGUGAAAGCGACAACAUGUUAGACCACCAAAUUACAACCAUAACUUAAUGGGUUACCAUAGAAGCCCAGCAGUUGUGUGCUUGUAUUAAGGUCGAUUUGAUCAUUGGGCAUUUGUUGUUGAUAAAUGUUUUCUUUACCUUCAUUGCUGAUUGAUGGAAAUGAUGUCAGGUACUUGAACAUAGAACCAGAGAAAGGAAAGCACCUGAGCCCAUCAGAAUGGAGGAUGAAGUAGAUAUUCGCCCCUCUGUAAAGGAUAAAACGUGUGUUUGACUCUUCCACACUCAGAAGGUAA